AUCAUGUUUGUGUCAUAUCUAGUGAUGAGAAGUGAUUCCACCUCGAGCCACGAAGGCAAAAGCCUUUAAUCAGACACCAAAGCCGAUUACGACCCAGGUCAGAAGCCAGACGUCUGAUUGGACGAUGGAAUGUCACGUAGCCAAUCGUAGCGGAUGCGAUGUUCGUUCUCCCGACACUGGACGUCCGACUGCAACCUGCCAAGUUUAUCACAUUCAUACGUAGACAGUAAUUUGGGAAAGAAUUCAAACAAAAUAUGCUCUGACAAGAAUUAGUUAGUCUUAGGUUCGUUUUAAACGGAAACACUGAAAUUACCCCAUUUUUAAGGGAAUAAUUAUCGUGUGCAUCAGACAAGCAUGUCUCCUUAUGAAUGCGCUUAACAAGGCUGAGAAGGAUCCUGGAUUGAAGCGUUAUCCCGGUCUAGCGCAAUACAAUUUCCGGUCUUCUACUUCCUAUGGGCACUGUACGCCAAGGAAUAGUCCGCGGAGCUAGAAGAUUAAGAACAAGACAAGAAUACCCACAAAAAAGAAAAUGAGAAUAAAUAUGUCUUUAUUUGACUGUUAUCCGUAAGGGAAUCGGAUAUCCUUCUAGUCCCUCUCUCGCCACUAAACUCUUGUAACUGAAACGCGAAUCGAUCCCGCCCUCUCUCUCGUGAACAACGCCCAAUUGAAGCACCCCGUUCCGGGCAUUCCGUAGUGAGAUGACACGCUUUGGAAAGACGCGAGCAUUCAACUAGGAGAGACUAGGAAUGCCAUUUGUUGCCCGUAGGAUGGAGGGGCAGCGAUGCUGCAAAGAGUCUAUCUUUCACACUACCUUUCGUUCCUUGGGUGUUUUAUGUUUGCUGGUGUUCCUGUCCGUGGCGUUGUACCCCGGUCUGUGGUCCAUGGGGGCUCGGCUCUACGCCGUCAUCACUGGGACCCCUGUAGCGGGCCACAACUCGGUCCUGCUGAUCGGCACCCCUAACGAGCAGGUGGCCCAGGACAUCGGCAGAGCCAUCAUGGAGCGACAGAUGGCGGCCAGCAUUAACAUUCUCCCCAGGACCUGGUCUCUGUAUUACUGGAAGGGCGAAGUCCAAGAGGCAACAGAGAUUGUGAUGCUGGUGAAAACCAAGACCUCCAAGAUCCAGAAACUUGUAGAUUAUGUGAGGUCCAUCCAUCCUUACGAGAACCCGGACGUCCUGAGCAUGGCGGUGGGGUACACCGGUGCGUCCUACGUGAGGUGGAUGGACGAGGCGGUCCCGGACGACUGACCGGUCAGCCCGGGGGGGUCACCCCCCCAGACACGCAUCCUCCCCUGCAUGCAGACCUGAGGGAACCCGAGCCCUGAGCACGGGGUCGUCCCUCGCCCAAACGCUCGAGCAGGAAGUCAGCCGGGGAUGAUAACAGUGUUAUUCUGUUUCCCGAGCAACCGAUCAGGGGACGCUUGGGAAUGCGCUGUGGAGGUACACACUCCCCCUGGCUACUGACGUCUCUCGAGGCUGCAACGCUGUUUCAAGCACGCAUUUUAUUUAUCCAACACAAAAAGCCUGUAUUGCUUUGAAAAUCAAAUGAAUUGACGACAUGCUUAAAGAUUUCAAAAUGGAAUGACAAUGCAUCCAGACAAAUAUGGCACAUCAGAACAUUUUAUUAAGCCAGGUCUCCACUUUUAAAUUUGGGUAUGAAUGAUGGGAUAGACCACCGUAAAUAUAACGGAGAAAUAGAAAGUCUAAAUUGUUUUAAAAACACAUCUUGCGACAAUAUCCAAGUGCUUCAUUCUCUUUUCUUUACUGCUAGCACUCUUCCUAUCUUUAUGUUCGGUCUUACACUUUUACACAUUUUGAAGUUAUCCUCAAAUGUUUUGGUAUGAUGCUAGUAAUAAAAACAUGUAAUAAUUGA